AUGCCGUCUAUACAGGUGAACUCUCGACAGAGUUCCCUGCGGUUCAGCGCUUUUGUGAAUGGGAGAAUGGAUCAUCAUCCGACUGUGAAGCGGUGGGAUGGAGCUGCGAGAACGUGCACAGAAUGGGACAACAUUCGACGAAAACAGGACCCUGAACUGUGGUUUCGAAAUGGGAACUGCAUGGUGCAUCUCCACGCAAAAGGUCAUUCUCAACGAGGUCCCUCCUUCAAGGUCCCCUUCUCAGCACUCCUCGAAGCCCAAUGCUACCCCCUCAUCCAAAGAUUCCUAGUGUGGGAGGGCGUCCAAAAACCCAAUCUUCGCGAGCUCAUGAGAUGGAGUAAGAAAAACACAACACGCAAAAUCGAACUAUACAUCCCGCCACCUCCGACGACAGAUAAAACGCAGGCUUUCAACUACCACCUCGCAACACGCAAUUUCUUCGCCUGGGUGUUUCGAAGAUCCAUGGUCGGAUACAGUCUCGGCAAUGCUCUCAUUGGUCUUCUCCACAGUAUGCAUGAGUUUCGAUCCGGCGUGGACGACAAUGUCUCAGAUAUGAUGGAGUAUUUUGACGAGGAGGGCUACCUCGACAUGGCGAAUCAGCCAAACCACGCGUUGGCGAUAUUGCAGCUUGCAGAGUGUUUUCAAAUGAAGGAGCUGUACAUUCGAGCUUUUGCACAUUGCGUCGGCAUGAGCGAAUAUUUGUUCGAAAAUGUUGGGUUUCAGGAGCUCAGCCCUCCAACGCGCAAGCUCAUACGUAAGGGACAUCUCGAACUUGAUUAUCGCAUGACGUGGUCAUCUUCUAUGCUGAGGACGUUUUUGGACGAUGAGCUGUCGGAGGCUCAUUUGAGCGUCUCAGCAGGCGCCCGAGCUCACCUCGAGCGCUUCCGGAGUUUUUUGUUAUCAUUCUAUACGACCAAGCUGGGAUACUACCCGCCGACUACGGACUCUGGCAACGACCUGUUCGAUCCCGCUGUUUUAAGGAUCAUGCGUGAGGACUUUGAGGCUUUGUAUGAUCUACUCGUUGAUGACCAGUAUACCUCAUCACAUACCAUGCCGCCCACAGCGCACGGAGGGAUCUGCACUAUUCAGCUUGUUCAAUCUUUCGACUUUGAGCACGGAUACGAUGUUCUUGAUCAUCCACUGCCGCUUCUCCCAGACACGAAUGGCAACAACUCGAGACGCAUGUCUUGGUUUCCUGGACGUGUGACUCUCAGAUCAGAUCGCAGAGUUACGGCUCACACAGCCCUGAUCAACGCCUCAAAUUUGAUGAAACCAGGAGUUGCACAGAAUGACCUCGUGAGAGCAUAUCGACGCUUCGAAGAAGAUUCCAUCAUGUCACCGAACAAAGCGGAUAAGCAAGAGAAGGUGUCGCUGGAGGAUGCUCGCAAGAUCCGAUGGAUUCUCAUCUACUCAGCAUACCAAGUCCUCCGCUACGCGACAGACACAGCGACAGAUUUGCAAGAGGACGAGAUCAACGAGGCUCACUACAGUCUCUCUGCUUUAACUGACAAGCUUCCACCGUGGGAUACACCUCGCGAUCUGGACCGUAUCCUGAGACGCCAGACCCAGUACGUUACUAGCGGACCGACCUGGAGUGUGCAACCGGACGGUGCUGCAGACGCAGGAGAAGAUUCCUUUGGAAAGAUUGAGAUCAAGCCGGACAUCGAUUACUUCGCUCUCACUCACCGAGAUCGUCCCCAGACACAACACGAUAACCGCAAGAUGGAACGUCGAGCAUCAAUGCCUUCACGUCCAUCUCGCUCAAACUCAUUCACACAGGCACUCAGCCGCUCCUCAACAAUUCGACGAUCAAUGCGCAUGUUUAAAUCACCCACUACCACACCCCCUCAAUCAAUCACACCACCUUCACGACCAACAUACCACGAAAUCGUUGUCCACGGCUACGGCAACGGCACAAACGAUGUGAACCUCGACACAGACGGAAGCGACACAAAAACAGACGACACAGACAACACAACCCCCGAGAGCAUCGACACCGAAUCACCCCUCGACACUCCCCCACUAACAGAGUACUACGUCGAGCCCACGAUCCCCAAAGACGUAAAGGCCCGCCGCGAGCGCCGCCGCGACGUAAUGUCCAUGGUCGCACGCUCAAUGUCCGGUCGCGUCUCCAAGCGCAGCCGGCCCAUCAGCGCCAUGUUCUCCGACUCGCGCUACGCAGACGAAGUCGAGAGCAGACGACACAGCAUGUUUCCGCAGCCGCUGCGGAUAAAGACGCAGGUGGAGGAGCCGUAUAUCGUGAAUGAGGAUGCGGAUUGGGCUGCCAUGCAGACGUUUAUGGAGAGUCCGGGGGAGAUGACGGAGGAGGAUGAUGAUAUGAUGCCUGCUUGGGAGCAGUAUGCUGAUUUGGGAGGGUUGACUGAUAUGAGAUGA